CAAUACUGUAGUCCUGCUAUUACGGCGAUGUAGAGCUGCAGUGUGUUUGAGUUGGGGUGGAUAAAUCCGCUCCAAUCUGGCAACCCGGGCAUUAUUUCUGGGAGCGCGUGAACGUACUGUGGCAGCACAUCAGCGCGCGCUCGCACGGAACGCACUCGAGCCGCGCGCUUUCAGCAUGCUCACGGGAACGGGAUAUACGCGGAGCAACCGCUGAACAUCUCGUUCUUACGAGGACUGAUGAGCUGUUGCGCCCCCUUUCACUGCCUCUUGUAGUGCAUCAUGGGAAAACACCCAACAUUCCUACUGCUGUUUCUACGAAUGCUCACCGCUGAGUUGUGUCAGACCGAGGAUGUGAUAGCGACGACUACGAUACCGAUGGAGGAAGUGACGAACAACCCAGUAUCCUUAACCACUGUGAGGGUGUCGAGGGUGCAGAUCCUCACAGCUCAGUUUGAGUGUUACCUCAAAAUACUACACGACCCUCCACGCACAGAGCAAGGGCCGUACUGUAACCGCACGUGGGACGGAUGGCUCUGCUGGGGAGACUCGCCUCCGGGAAUCGCCAUACAGGACUGUCCUAAUUACUUCCAAGACUUUGACCCAACAGAAAAAGUAACCAAAGUGUGUAACGAGGAUGGACAGUGGUUCCGACACCCAGAAAGCAACCGACUGUGGUCCAACUACACCCUGUGCUCGGCCUACACCAAAGAAAAACUCACGGUUGCAGUCACCAUGUAUUAUGUGGCAGUGCUGGGUCACGUACUGUCUCUGGUAUCUCUGCUUAUAUCCAUUUUCAUCUUCUCAUAUUUCAAGUGUCUAAGCUGCCAGAGGAUCUCUCUCCAUAAGAACAUGUUUCUGUCCUUCAUCUUCAACUCCAUUUUCAUGAUCAUAUGGUUAACGAAUGUCAUCUACAAUCAGCAAAUGACUUCCAACUACAUUUUUUGUAAUAUCCUGGUGAGUCUGAUGCAUUACGCGUCAUGCUCAACGUACUUCUGGAUGCUGUGUGAAGGGAUCUACUUGCACACACUCAUCAUCGUGGCGGUGUUUGUGGGAGAACAGCAGCUGAGCUGGUACUACCUGCUGGGCUGGGGAUUCCCGAUUAUUCCAGCUGCCAUUCACGCUGGGGCCCGUAUGAAAUAUGAUCAUAACAUGUGCUGGAUAAGCAACUCGAACCUACUCUACAUCAUCCAUGGCCCAAUCCAUGUCGCCCUGGUGGUGAACCUCUUCUUCCUGUUGAACAUAGUGCGUGUUCUGAUCACAAAGCUGAAAGUGACCCACAGGACCGAGUCCAGUGCCUAUAUGAAGGCUGUGCGUGCCACCCUCAUCUUGGUGCCCCUCAUGGGUGCUCACUACAUCCUUAUGCCCCUUCAGCCUGGGGGCAAACUUGCUUCGGCCGUGUACGAGUUCUUCAUGAACAUCCUCACGCAUUUCCAGGGCUUUCUAGUUGCCAUCAUCUUAUGUUUUGGAAAUGGAGAGGUGCACUCAGCUAUAAGGCGUAAGCUUGCGCAGUACCGGGUCCAAUGUCGGCAGCGCCUGGUGACGACUGACUCUCACUCUCACAACUACCAGACCAACUCCUCGAUCAUCGAGUGCAGUCGAGGAACCCUUAGUCUGGAACAUGUGCCGCCCCACGUGGACGAGGACAAAGCGUACAUGGCCAUGUUCGUCCUGAAUGGACACAGCAAUGGUAAUCGCCGUUUUAGCGAGGAAGAUCAUAAACUCAAUGUUCUGGAGUCAUCAAUGAUCUGACACUAAACGGGAAAGAGACUUUUUCUUCAUUGUUAAGCUCUUUUAAAGAAACACGUCAACCUGAAUGUGAACAGUGGUUUCGAAAAUGGUGGUUAGUAUAGUUUUGUUAUACUAACUGGUCCAAAAUAACGUCCUUCCUUCCAUCGAUUUCAUAACACUGUAAUAAAGCAACGAGAAUGUACUGAAGAUCCAGAGCUCCUGAGUGAAGUCUAAGGUUUUACCUUUUUUUUUUUACUCGAGCUAAAAUGUUAAAGAUACCAGAACGGUCUGGGAAUCCAAGAGUGCGUUGACCUUUGAGUGGGAAAUUUUUAUCUAGUUCAUUUCUGUCUGCUACCUUUUGUGACUGGCUAAUUAUAACAGGGGCAUUUAGCACCCUCCUGAACAUGUAAAGCAGUUCAGGUGAUUUAUGUGGUAAUUUUAAUAGAGAUUUACAAAUCAGUAGCACAAAACUUUUUAUUAGUAUUUUUCCCAUUCAUAAGAAGAGGUAAAGAACAGCAAUCCACUAUUUGUCUUAUUGACUUUUGCAAAACAAACACUUUUAUUUGGUGUAUAGCUAUGAUUGGUGUCUCAAUGGUAGGUUUCUUACCUGCCAUGGGAAAGGCUCGGGUUCAAUUCCCUCUUAGUGGCCAAACCCUAGCCACUGGAGAGCAGUGCCGGUCCCAAGCCCAGAUAAAAUGGGAGAGUUGCGUCCAGAAAGCCAUCUGGUGUAAAACCUGUACCAGGUUGUGUGCGGAUUGCAAGCCUCGUGCAAUGCGAUUUCAGGUAGAAUGUAUAAAUUCCAUUGUCCAGCUAGCAAAUCUGUUUCUUAGCUAGCUUGCUACUUAUUAAUUGGCACUUUCUUGCAGUAGUUAUAAGCAUUUCCUUAUUUUCUUUUACCCAGUAUUGGUUCUUUUCAGUUUGCCAACUUUAAACGGAUUUUAUUUACUUCUUAGUCAGACACUGCUUUAGCUACAGUAAGAAAGCAGGAAAGCCUUGUUAUAGCAUGUAAUAGCCUUGAUAUAGCAGUCUGAAUUUAUAAAUACUAUGGCUAAACCGCAAAAGUUACCACCACUGUGAUUAGCUUGUAUGUAUCAAGUCUCUUUUUAUAAUCUGUCUGCAAAUAAUGCUAGCACAAAUCAUAAUUCGCAAUUUAUUAUAAAGAGACGCUAGCUAUAGCUAUAGCCUUAGCGUUUUGUGAGGACAGAGCUAGAACUCCACAUUCGUAGAAUUUUUCCGAUAGGAAUUGACACAUGAAGGUUCCAGUUGAAGUUUGUUGAAAAAGGAAAAAGUUUGCUCACUGUAUCUAACUAUCUCAGUAUAGUGUGUCUUUUUUACUUUUUAGCCCAAUCAGCUGCUUUCUUUGCUGCCAGAUCAUAGGACUUAGCAGCCCAUUGGAGCUUUGAUUUGUGCUAGUCAAUGAAUUUCAUGAUUCGUCCAGCUCGCAGAUUGUUAGCUUGGUGCGAUACAGUGAGAUCUCAAUGAUUGCACAUUUAGCAACUUUCUUUUCUUCUGUAUAAAUUGUCUGGGAAAAGGGGAAAAAGACAUUGUGCGUUUCAUCUAACCCCAAAUAUCGGAUAGAAAGGGGAAUUCCAGCUGGUUGCCAGUAAAUUCACCUACUGGUUUUUUUUUCUGCAGACUGACCCACAUGGAGAAAACAAUUAAGGGAAGUUGGAGUGUUUGUUCAAGCACUGAAAACAUUUGAAAUUUGUAAUUAUUUCUUAAAUAUGUGUAUAUACAUUUGUAAAUAGGUGUUCUUUGUGUUUUUGACCUAAGGCCUUCUCUUAUUCUUAGCGGAGGCUUUUUUCCCCCCUUUUUCUUUCUAGAAUUAUAUUAUAGUGAGUUUUGGAAAAAUGUAUUAUUUGCAUAUAUCUAGCUCAUGAUUAGAUUUUUUUGACUGAAACAUUCCUUUUAAAUCUCCUGUGUGUGAAUAACUGUCAUUUCUCAAUUUGUGUAAAGGACUGUUGUUGUUGUUGUUGUUGUUGUUAUUAUUGUUAUUAAGAGCACAAUAAAUGUUAUUGCACUGGAUCAUUUUUUUUUCAGUUACACUCACUCUUUACAGGUUUUUUUGUACAGGAAAAGUCACCUAAAGUGUAAUGUAUUAGGUAUGAAUUCUUACUUUUAUAAAAAAAUAUUAUAUACUUGUUAAGCACUAUUAAUAAAUAAUAUUUAUGUAGAAAAAGGUGAUACAUUUGUGAGACCUAUUUGC